AUGGAGGUCGUGAAUCGCAGCCUCCCGGUGCUAGUCGCCAACGGCGUCUUGAUUGCCAUGUUGGCCAUCUUCCUGGGCAUGAGGAUUUGGGUGCGCUUCGGCCUCUUGAGGCAAUUCGAUUGGGACGAUGCCUUCGUUCUCGCAAGCGCAUUCUUCACCUUUGCCGUGCUUUCGUGCAUGAUGGCAUCCACCAAGUUUGGCCUCGGAAGACACCGCAAAGACAUCCCGGACGCCGAAUGGGAUACCUAUGUCAAGCUGAACCUGGUUGUCUCCUGCAGUUAUAUUUGCGGAUUCGUCCUGGCCAAGAUGUCGUUCGCGUACUUGUACCUGAAGGUGCUUCCGGAACGCAAGUACCAAAGGCUCAACAAGUUCAUGCUCUGCUUCUUGACCGCGCAGUGGAUCGAGGAGAUCUGCGUCGUGCUCUUUGAGUGCAAGCCAAUCAACAAGCUGUGGUCCCCUUUCAUAGAUGGAAAGUGCUUGGACUUGACUUAUUUCUUUUACGCUGUGUUUGGCGUCAAGCUCGUAACGGACCUCAUUCUCUUCAUCGAACCUAUCCCGACAAUGUGGAAACUUCAGCUUCCGUUGGCCAAACGAGUCGGCCUCAUUGCUAUGCUGUCCAUCGGUCUCUUUGUCUGCAUCAUUUCGAUCAUACGUGUCACCUACCUCAGCUACAACAAGGGCGAUCCGUCAUUUACCGGCGUGGAUGCUCAGAUCUGGUCCAGUGUCGAGGUUACAGCAUUGCUCAUCUGCUCCUGCAUCCCCUCGUUCCGUCCCGCCAUCAAGAAGUUCCCCGCGCUCAACCGUGCCCUGGGCCUCUCCUCGGAUCACAGCUCGAACCCCUACUACGGCGGCAAGACGGGCUCUGGAGGCGUGUCCAUCGCCCUUGCAAGCAGGCAUAAGGACAAAUAUCUCCAGUCCCAGAAGACGAGCAACCAGAGCCGCGUGCGCUCCAACCACUUUGGCAUCACGAGCACAGCCGCGCCCAAGGUUCUUUCGAGCAGCGCGGCCAGCACCGACGAGAUCUUCCCGCACGACGUGGACAAGCACGGGGGCAUCCUCGUCACCCGCGACAUCCAGAUGGGCGUCGAGGACAGGCGAGACAACGAAGCGGUCGAAGACUCUGCUUCUCAGCUCAGCGAUGACUCGGUCACGAGGCCCGGGAAGGCCAAAGUGGGUGGCAAGGCUGGUGGGAAUAUGAGCUGGCUCGCUUCCCAGUAG